GGAGGGAGGAGUGUUUCUGGUCGGCCGACUGGUUUGACUUGUCACGGGCGCUCUCGGGAAAACGAUGAAUUUCAGUCACAGAAAAUAGUAAGUAGUUUGCUACAAAACACAGCAAAAGAUAACCUGGAAAACCGAGGUGUCGUGACAGAAAAGCUGCGUAGGAUGGGCGAGCCGGCGCAGACUCCGUUUAAAACCACUGGAUCCGAACUGCUGCUGCCCGUCAGUGAAUACUUGCGCUUCCCUCUUGAUCAGGUGAAUUUUCUGGCAUGCCAGCUAUUUGCCCUAAUUGCUGCCUUCUGCUUUCGUCUCUACCUCAGCCCGGCCCGUGUCCGUCCCCGGGUCAGGCACACUGUUGCCGCUCUAAUCGGCAUUGCCUUUCUCAUCUUCUGCUUUGGAUGGUAUUCAUCUCACAUCCUGGUUGUGGUUGUUGCAAACUACUUGAUCAUCGUCAAAGCUGACAUCAGCAAUGUGCACAGGUAUUCCAUGGUGAUAUCUAUGGGCUAUCUGACUGUGUGCCAAGUGAGCAGAGUCUUCAUCUUUAAUUAUGGAAUACUUUCCACUGACUUCUCUGGGCCUUUGAUGAUCGUAACCCAGAAGCUCACCACAUUUGCUUUCCAGCUCCAUGACGGUAUGUCCAAGAAGAUUGAACAGCUGACACAGGAGCAGAGGCUUAUCGCUAUAAACGUGAAGCCUACUCUCACUGAGUACCUGAGUUAUAAUCUGAACUUCCUGAGUGUCCUCGUGGGACCAUGCAGUAACUACAGAGAGUACGUAGACUUCAUAGAGGGCAGACACAUCAGCACGAGGCUCAAACAGCAGAAUGCCACAAGGUACAGGGAGAACGGCUAUAAUAAGACACAGGACCCGUCACCCCUGAAUGCUGUCUGUCGAAAGCUGCUGGUCUGCUCUGGCUGUAUGCUGUUCUUCUUUACUGUGACCCGGUCCUUGCCGAUAACGUACAAUGUUGACCCCGACUUUGUGAGCCAAGCCUCUUUCCUCACCAGGCUCACUUAUGCUUUCUUUUCCAUACAAGCUGCAAGGCCCAAAUUCUACUUCGCCUGGACACUAGCUGACGCAGUCAACAAUGCUGCAGGUUAUGGUUUUCUGGGGAUGGAUGAAUAUGGAAAACCAUCCUGGGACCUCAUCAGCAACCUCAACAUCAUUGGGAUUGAGACCGCAACCAGCUUCAAGACCUUCAUAGACAACUGGAAUAUUCGAACAGGAAUUUGGCUUAAAACGGUGUGUUAUGACCGAGCCCCAAAGCACCGUUUGGCAUUGACCUUUAUCCUGUCUGCUCUGUGGCAUGGUGUUUAUCCAGGGUACUAUUUUACCUUCCUCACUGCCAUCCCCAUCACCAUAGCAGCACGAGCUAUACGAAGGUCUAUUCGUCAUUACUUCCUGGAAUCCAGAGGCUUGAAGCUGGGCUAUGACAUCUUAACUUGGGCAGCCACGCAGCUGGCCAUCUGUUACACUGUCAUGCCUUUUCUGCUUCUUGCAGUAGACCAGAGUAUAGUUUAUUACAGGUCCAUGUACUUCCACGUGCACAUAAUCAGCAUUCUGGCUGCAGUCGCCCUGCAUCGCACACACAAACCCAGGGAACCCACCACCAAAACAUCCUCUGUCUCCUCCUCCUCCUCUGCUCCGUGCUCAGCCCAGUGCCAGCAUGUUCACUCCAACAACAAUGACAAAGUAAACUGAAAAUCUCACUUCACGUUCUUUUACCAGACUUUCAGUACUAAAUCUCCUCUCAAAGACAAAAAAAUGGGUGUCCCUAAAGGCCAUUCAGCCAACUUAAAAUGGGAAAAGGUUGUGCUAUUUAUUUUUUGACAGUACAGAGUAAAGAAAAUUUGCACUUAUGGUACUGGAUGUGAACGGGGGAGAGCCCUCUGCCAUGUUUGAUGCGCAACAGGCAGACACUAAUGAGAAACUUUAGUUGAAGAAAUGUUUCUGGUACCACCACCAGAAUGCUGGCCCCAAUCCCACUUUCCCUUUCACCUACACCCCUGCUCCCUCCAACUUUCUCCCCUCCUUAGCCAUCUCAACAGCAGCCUGCCUUCUCCAACAACAAUGCAACAGUGUGAAGAGAGUAAUGAGGCUCACUUUCUUUCCUCAAUCUGUGCUGUCCUACUGACUGGUUGGGGAUCUAAGCCAGCACAGCGGGACAGCAGCUCAUAAAUGGGGCAGAAAUACCAGGACACAUGCACACACACAAACUCAUGCAUAAAUAGACACUAGGACACAAAUAUGCACAUAUAGUCACUCUUAGACAUGCUUGUACUCGGUCACACUCGGGUGGGACACAAAGGCUGUCCUUGUGAGGCCGCAGAGGAGCAUGCCAGGAGGAGGGGGAGCUGCACCCGCUGCACUCACUCUACCCAGAGGAUUUUGUAGAUCUGUGUGGGUGAUGGUUGCAUCCCAACAACCACUGUCAGUGACCCCAGUG